AUGACAUCCGACUCUGACUGGGAUUCUCGUAGCAUGGACUCCCGUCCUUCCGAUUUCAACGAUGGAGCUGAAGACAUCUUGAUGAACAAUAGCUUCAAGAUUGAGGCCCAAAGGGGAAACGAAGGAGACGAUCAAUCAAGGUGUUCUACUCCAGAAAGCCACAAGGACUCCUGCAAUGGAUUUGGCGUGGGUGGGCAAGGCGCUCCUGUAUAUUCCUGCGGCUGCUAUAAUUAUGAGGAGACGAGAAGGUACAAAUACCCCUCACCCUCACAUCCAGACCUAGAGACAUUGAAUUCUGGUAAUCAUGACCACAAAAAUGUCGAUGUGUUAAGUUCAAAACGAAAGAUACGUGAUGAGAAUGAUACUCCUCGUAGCCUCUUCCGGGACGUUACCAAUGCACAGGUAGCAUCAGUUCCUGCCAGCGAACCUCCGCCAUCUAAGCGUAAGAAGCUUGGAACACAAUCCGAAUUGUUUGAAGGGGGAUUAGUUCAAUCCCUAGCUAAGGUCACAGAGGAGGUUGCGGUCAUGCGCAAGGCUCUGGGUAAGAUCAAAGAAGAUCUUGGUCGGCACAGCAUAAUUCUCCGUGCGAUCCAUGAGGUCACUCAACUCGAUGAGACGUGA